AUGGCAUUGCCUUGGCAUAUUCCUCUAGAGUCAAUUCAUAAACCUAAAAAGGAUUUUGUAAAGUCAUCUUUGUUGAAACAUUACUGUGGAUUAAACAUUCAUGAUAACCCUAGCGAAGAACUUCAAAUUGGUUUAAUGUGUGAUAUUAAUAUUAACAACAGAGAGCCAAUUACAAUACAAAGGCUGAUUGCUUCGGGGAUGACUGUGGCUCACCUAAAUAUUAGGGAUCUGGAGCCUGAUUCAUGUGGUAAAAUAAUUCAAAGCAUUAGACAAGCAGUUUAUAACUAUAGCACUGAAUUGCAAUAUGUAUAUCCUUUAGCAAUUAUAAUAGACGUCAGAGGGCCUGAUAUUAUUACUGGAGAGUUAAAAGGGGGACCUCAAACGACUGUAGAAAUUGAGGAAAAUGCAACGAUCAGACUAACGACCGAUGCAACAUGGAGAGAAAGCGGUACAUCUGAAUGUUUAUACGUCGGCUACGAUCAUCUUACUGAUUUACAGCCUGGUGAUAUAGUCUAUAUAGAUAGUUUAACUCAUAAUAAAAUAAAACUUGUUGUUUCUGAAGUUGGAGAUGACUCAGUUGAAUGCUCAGUAGCUAUUGGAGGUAGCAUUGGCCCCAAAAUGGCAAUAAGAAUUACUCAAGUGCCCCAAGAAAAUAACAAUACACAUAAAAAUGGAUACGGAAGUAUGGAAUCGAUAGCAAAUAGUGAUGCUUCUCGCCAAACUUUUGAACUUUUAGAAGAUCAGAUACUGUGGGCAGUGAAUUCUGAUGUAGAUGCUAUUUUACUACCAAACGUACAGACUAUUAAUGAUAUUCGGCAUGUAAGAAGUAUUCUCUCUACCCAAGGAAAUCAUAUUCUAGUUUUUGCUUGUAUUGAUACUACUAUGGGAUUUGAUAACAUUGAUAAAUUGCUGUUUGAGGCAGAUGGAAUAUUUUUGGAUAGAUGUGUAUUAAGCACUGAUUUACCAGUAGAAAAAAUAUUUAUAGCACAGAAAAUAAUUAUGGCUAAAUGCAACUAUCUUGGGAAGCCAUGCAUAUGCAAAGCAGUAAUUAAUGAACAAAUUCCGACGUUAUGUGUUUCUGAUAUAGCAAACUUAGUACUGGAUGGCGUUGAUGUUAUUUCAUUAGAAUUGCAUUAUGAUUCUCCAUUAACAAAAUUGGCACCUACUUACGACGCAGUGCGUAUGGCUGAACAUUGUUUAGCUGCUGCUGCUGUUAUCUGCCGGCAUGCAGAAAGAAUCACUUGGCAGCCCCGAAUUUAUGGUAACUUAGAAUUAAUGCAAAGUCCCUUAGAAGAGCCAAGUAAAGCAAUCUGCGUCGGUGCGGUCGAAUUAGCUUUACGUUCUCAAGCAGUUGUGAUAAUUUGUCUUACAAACUCUGGUCGCGUUGCUAAAUUACUUUCACAUGCAAAACCGGCCUGUCCUGUUGUUGCAGUAACUAGAAAUUGUCGUACUUCCAGACAACUUCGGUUUUAUAAGGGUGUGCGCACAAUGCAUUAUUUUGAAGAUUCUAAGUCAACUUGGACCUUAGAAAUGGAAAACCGCAUCCGAGUAGCUCUUGAUUAUUGUAAAAUUAAGCGCUUAGUACGAGCGGGCGAUCCAUAUGUACUUGUAGUUAGUUCUCGUCGGAAUAUAGGCUACUGUGAUUCUGUGAGACUUUUGUACGCAAGCGCUCGAAAUACAAUAGUUGUUGAAUAG